AUGAACAUCCUCCACUCCACAUUUUCCACCUGGCGCGAGCGCCUAGCCCCCAUCUCACGAACCUCCACCUUCCGCACAACAGGGCAAAUCACGCCCGAGGAGUUCGUCCUCGCAGGGGACUACCUCGUAUACAAGUUCCCGUCGUGGACGUGGGCAGACGCAUCCUCGCCCGCCCAGCGCGUGUCCUACCUUCCCGAGGGGAAGCAGUUUCUGGUGACGCGGGGUGUGCCAUGCCACCGGCGGUUGAACGAGAACUUUGCGGGCGAUGCGGGACAGGAGGAUGAGAUUCGUGGUGACAACAGUGGAGGGAGAGGGUCUGGAGACGGUCGGAUUGGGGACGUGAGGACUGUUGAUGAGGCGGGGAAUGUCGGCGAUAAAGAGGAGGAGGAGGAAGAGAUACCGGAUAUGGAGGAUGAUGAUGACGAGGAGGCUAUUAUCCGUGAGCCUGUUGGGACGACGCAACCAACAAGAACCUACAACCUCUACAUCACAUACUCCAACUUCUACCGCACCCCCCGCCUCUACCUCUCCGGCUACCUCUCCCCAUCGGAGCCCCUCCCCCCGCACCUCAUGAUGGAAGACAUAGUCGGCGACUACAAAGACAAGACCGUAACGCUCGAAGACUUCCCGUGGUACGACGGCACCGUGAAAAUGGCCAGCGUGCACCCCUGCCGCCACGCCUCCGUCAUGAAAACACUGCUCGACCGCGCCGACGCAGCCCUCAAACUCCGCCGCGACAAGCUCCAAUCCGGGAAUAAGUCCACAGCAACGGGAGGCAGCGGACUGGAGGGACUCGUCGAUGACGUUAAAACAAUGACCCUUGAACAACAGCAGCAGCAGCAACACCACCAGCAACAACAGCAGAAUCCCGGCGGCGACGAAUGGGAAAUGCUACAACACGACGAAGACGACCAGGUAGCGAUCCGCGUCGACCAGUAUCUGGUAGUGUUUUUGAAAUUCAUAGCGAGUGUGACGCCGGGCAUUGAGCAUGAUUUCACGAUGGGAGUCUGAUAUUAUCUAUUUGCUUUUUGCAAUUCUUUCCUUUUUUUUUUUUUUUUUUUUUUUU